AUGGCUAGCAUCCCCAGCAUUGAAUCUUCAGUCACCUUUUUGCUCGGCGAAACCCAUUACUUGGCAAGGCCGCUCCCAAGGAGCCCCAAAUACCAACCCAGCAACCUCAUCAACGUGGUUGUGAACCAAUCCGGUGCCGCGGCUUCUUCACUCAUGACAUACUUCAAAGUCGCCAAGGACCAGGUUGUUGAUGGCAACACCUUGCUCGGCUGGAAAACUGCCUACCUCGACAAAGACGACGUCUUUCACCCCGACUUCCUUAGAGACGUUGUCUUCAGCGGUGUUGCAUCUGGGGAUAUCACCCUCACCAGUGACGCUCGAGACGUACUCAAACAGUGGGGCACCUUGAAUGUGGGAUACGACGUUUGCACAGACCUCCCGAACGGUCCGUACCUUUACUACCAAGGUGUCCACCACUCAGUCUGGAGGGUAUAUGAGGAUCCCCAACUUGCCUUCUCGCAGUCUAUUUGGCCAACUGCACAGGAUAGCCGGCAAGUUGAUGCUGCCGGAAGUGGCUAUCGAGGCCACGGGAUAGCCGUUCCCUCCCGGUCAUACGCCGAAACCUUUAGGGCCUCGACGGGAUCGGGGGUUCUUGGGAACAGUUCUCUCCUCGGGCGAGUGAGGUUCUCAGUCAAGGACAACUUCCAUGUCCGCGGUAUCAAAACAACUCUUGGCAACCGCGCCUUCUUCGAAACUUACCCGGUUCAGCAAACCAGCUCCACAGUUGUGUCCAGGCUUCUAGGUGCAGGUGCGCAUCUUGUGGGGAAGACACACCUCAGCUCGUUCGCUAUGAUGGAACACCCCAUGCAAAGUAUCGAUUACCAAGCCCCUUUCAACCCCCGAGGUGAUGGGUAUUUGAUCCCUGGAGGCAGUAGCAGCGGCAGUGCUGCUGCUGCCGCAUCUUACGACUGGCUGGACAUCUCGAUAUGUACCGACACAACCGGAAGCUCUCGGAUCCCGGCCCUCCAAACUGGUCUCUUUGGCUUCCGCCCGACAACUAAUUCUAUCUCCACCGACGGGCUGGUACACGCCUGGGCAGACUUUGAUACGCCUGCCUGGAUCGGCCGAGAUUUGGGCAUUUUCCCCGACAUACUCCGCGCCCUGUCAGAUUUGCCCGAAGCUAGAGCUCCAAAAGAAGCCAGAUUGGUGCCAUUACUUCUUUACCCCACAGACUUCAUCCCCCCGGAGAGCCCCGAGCAAGAAGCAGCAAUGGAAGACUUCCUUGACAGCCUAAAUCCAUCCACGGGAGGGAUGUACAGGAAGAUCUCGAUCCAAGAUGACUGGUCAAAGACCUCCCCUGUUGAUGAAAAGGACUUGCACCAAUAUCUGUUCAAUUUGACUCGCAAUGGUUGGUACUACUCUGCCUAUCACACAUUUGAUUCUUUCAGAAAGGAAUACAAAGAAGCCCAUGGGCACGAUCCAUUCGUUACAGAGAUUGUGAGGUGGUACUGGCAACUUGGCCGUGAAGUACCCGAAAGCGACCAUAAUGAGAUCAUGAAGCGACUUUUAAUUUUUAAAACAUGGUUCGUUAAUCAGUACAUGGCGGGAGGUGCAACCAUUCUAGCACUGCACAUCGGCAAGGUCCAGCCGAGAUAUCGCGACCAAUACCCGGGAAAUAGCAACCCUGAAGUCCCUGGUCUGCAACCACCAUAUCUGUCCGCUAUACUAAACGCUCCCGAGUUAGCCAUCCCCAUCUCUGAGCUUGCAUACACCUCUCGUAUUACCAACCAGGAAGAGAAUCUUCCCGUAGUGGUUUCAUUGAUGAGUGGUUCGGGCACCGACCUAGACUUUAUUCGUUGGACGUUAGACGCCUUGGAGAAGAGUGGGCGGCCAACGAAGGUCAAGACAGGGAAGGUUAUGUUCUAG